CCCGAACCAGACGGUGUCUUGUGAUCGAACAGCUGAACAGUGAAACAGAGUAGAAUAUUUAAGCCACUCCAGUUGCAGAAAAAAAUUCAUAGAAAACUCUCGUGGCAGCAGAGUUGGUGUGAUCCUGCGACAGAAGGAAUUGCACAAUUAUGGCCGAUCGCAACAACAUAAAUCAGAUGAUUCCGGCACUGCCAGAGGAGAAACACGAUAUGCUGGCAGCCACUAGUGUUUUGCAGCAGCAAGCCUCUGACAUCAGAAAUCAGAAGAUCAAUUGGCAGUCUUAUUGCCAAUCUCAGAUGAUCUCGAAGGAGGACUAUGACUUCAUCGUAGCCUUUGACACGAACGAAUCAGCUGUCAAGGACGCAAUGCUCAAGGAGAAUCCCAAUCAAGCAGCCAAGACUUUUUUAAAUCUCCUGGGACACGUCUCCAAGGACCAAACGAUCCAGUACAUCCUCACAAUGAUCGACGACAUGCUCCAGGAAGAUCGUAGUCGUGUAGAAAUAUUUCGAGAGCACUCGAACAGAAAGCGAGAGUCCGUCUGGGGCCCAUUCCUCAAUUUACUCAAUAGGCAGGAUGGCUUUAUCAUGAAUAUGACAUCGAGAAUCAUCGCCAAACUGGCCUGCUGGAGUCAUGAGCUCAUGGAGAAGACAGAUCUCCAGUUUUACCUCACUUGGCUCAAGGAUCAGCUUCAGUUGAGUUUUGAGGCUGUGCAGGAGACAAAUAUGCAUGCCGAGGUGGUGCAAGACUUGACCCCCAACGAACCUGGAGAGGCCACUGACCUCCAAGAAAUGCCCAGUCUGAACAACGAGUACAUUCAGUCGGUCGCGCGCUGCCUCCAGAUGAUGCUGCGCAUCGACGAAUAUCGUUUCGCCUUCGUCUCAGUCGAUGGGAUCUCGACGCUGCUGAGUGUCCUGUCUGGUCGCGUCAACUUCCAAGUGCAGUACCAACUCAUCUUCUGCCUGUGGGUCCUCACCUUCAACCCCCUCCUCGCCGAGAAGAUGAACAAGUUCAACGUGAUUCCCAUUCUCGCUGACAUUCUCAGUGACUCCGUCAAGGAGAAGGUGACUCGCAUCAUCCUCGCUGUCUUCAGAAAUUUAAUCGAGAAGGUGGAGGACAAUCAGGUGGCCAAGGAGCACUGCAUCGCAAUGGUCCAGUGCAAAGUGCUGAAGCAGCUGUCGAUUCUCUCCCAGCGAAAAUUCGACGACGAGGAUAUCACAGCGGACAUUGAAUUCCUGAAUGAGAAACUCCAGGCAUCUGUCCAGGACCUGAGCUCGUUCGACGAGUACUCGACUCAGGUGAAGUCCGGACGCCUCGAGUGGUCGCCAGUCCACAAGUCCAGUAAAUUCUGGAGGGAGAACGCCAGUCGCCUCAACGAGAAGAACUACGAACUCCUGCGCAUUCUGGUGCACCUCCUGGAGACCAGCAAGGAUCCGCUGGUCCUCAGUGUCGCCUCGUUCGACAUUGGGGAGUACGUGAGGCACUAUCCACGUGGAAAGCACGUUAUUGAACAGCUCGGUGGCAAGCAGAGGGUCAUGCAACUGCUGAGCCACGAGGAUCCCAACGUGAGGUACGAGGCCUUGAUUGCCGUUCAGAAACUCAUGGUCCACAACUGGGAGUACCUCGGCAAGCAGCUCGAGAAGGAGACUGGGGUCUCCGCAGCACCAGGCACCAAACCUGGCUCGCAAGUUGCCACCAAGGCAUAAGUUCAUUGUUGUUGAUUUACUGUUAAUGUGGUUUGAGGGGAGGAGAGUUUUAAUUUGCUCGUUAAUCUGGUUUUCCUUUUUCAAAUUGAUUCGACGGAAUUAGAUGUCAACAUUCCAUAACUCGCGGAUUUUAAAUUUCAGGUGUUCUGUAAAGAAAAUUAUGAAAUUACUCCCCA